AUGCCAUUAGUGAAAAGAAACAUUGAUCCUCGGCACUUGUGCCACACAGCACUGCCUAGAGGCAUUAAGAAUGAACUGGAAUGUGUGACCAAUAUUUCCUUGGCAAAUAUAAUUAGACAACUAAGUAGCCUGAGUAAAUAUGCUGAAGAUAUAUUUGGAGAAUUAUUCAAUGAAGCACAUAGUUUUUCCUUCAGAGUUAACUCAUUGCAAGAACGUGUUGACCGUUUAUCUGUUAGUGUUACACAGCUUGAUCCUAAGGAAGAAGAAUUGUCUUUGCAAGAUAUAACAAUGAGAAAAGCUUUCCGAAGUUCCACAAUUCAAGAUCAGCAGCUUUUUGAUCGCAAGACUUUGCCUAUUCCUUUACAGGAGACAUAUGAUGUUUGUGAACAGCCUCCACCUCUCAAUAUACUCACUCCUUAUAGAGAUGAUGGUAAAGAAGGUUUGAAGUUUUAUACCAACCCUUCAUAUUUCUUUGAUCUGUGGAAAGAAAAAAUGUUGCAAGAUACAGAGGAUAAGAGGAAGGAGAAGAGGAAGCAAAAGCAGAAAAAUCUAGAUCGUCCUCAUGAACCAGAAAAAGUGCCAAGAGCACCUCACGACAGGCGGAGAGAAUGGCAGAAGCUGGCCCAGGGUCCAGAGCUGGCUGAAGAUGAUGCUAAUCUCUUACAUAAACAUAUUGAAGUUGCUAAUGGCCCAGCCUCUCAUUUUGAAACAAGACCUCAGACGUAUGUGGAUCAUAUGGAUGGAUCUUACUCACUUUCUGCCUUGCCAUUUAGUCAGAUGAGUGAGCUUCUGACUAGAGCUGAGGAAAGGGUCUUAGUCAGACCACACGAGCCACCUCCGCCUCCACCGAUGCAUGGAGCAGGAGAUGCGAAACCCAUACCCACCUGUAUCAGUUCUGCUACAGGUUUGAUAGAAAAUCGUCCUCAGUCUCCAGCUACAGGCAGAACACCUGUGUUUGUGAGCCCCACUCCCCCACCUCCUCCACCACCUCUCCCAUCUGCCUUGUCAACUUCCUCAUUAAGAGCUUCAAUGACUUCAACUCCUCCUCCACCAGUACCUCCCCCACCUCCACCUCCAACCACUGCUUUGCAAGCUCCAGCAGUACCACCACCUCCAGCUCCUCUUCAGAUUGUCACAGUUGCAGCUCUUGCUCAUCCUCCUUCUGGGCUACAUCCAACUCCAUCCACUGCCCCAGGUCCCCAUGUUCCAUUAAUGCCUCCGUCUCCUCCAUCACAAGUUAUACCUGCUUCUGAGCCAAAGCGUCAUCCAUCAACCCUACCUGUAAUCAGUGAUGCCAGGAGUGUCCUACUAGAAGCAAUACGAAAAGGUAUUCAGCUACGCAAAGUAGAAGAGCAGCGUGAACAGGAAGCUAAACACGAGCUGAAAUUUCUCAGGGCUUGCAGUGCCAUCUCUAGCCCUUCCCGAGAUGCACUGGAUCUCAUGGGUCUGAGGAGAGCGGCACCAGGCUCUUCUCAGGUUGAGGAAGCUGAAUGA